CUCCCGCUGACACUGGGACUAAGGCAGAGGAGAACAACAAGAUUAUGAAGCGACCAGCUGCAGCGGCGAAGCCCAAAACGGCGCCGAAGGUUAAGGCCAAGGCAAAGAGUACGGCUUCUGGUAAGAACACAGAUAAGGUCAAAAAGAACUAUGCGGGACCUUGCUAUUACAAGAAUUCCAACCGGUGGGGGAUCAAGCUGGGCAAGAAAGAAGUUUUCAGUGUGGGUUCCAAACACUUGCCUGCUUCGAAGACAAAGGAGAUUGCUGAUUUGGCCAUGAUUGAAUUGAAUAAAGGUGAGUCUUGGGAUAAAGUGAAGCAGAUGGGUGAGGAGAUGAAGCGAGCGCUCUGGGAGAAACAUGUAAAUGCAGAGCCGGAAGCCCCGGCCGACGCAGAGGACCAGACCGCACCUGCCGUGGAGGGGGAGGAAGAGGAGAUUCGUGAAGAGGACGAGAACGUGGAAGUGCCCGAGGAACCUGAAGAGGUCGACUGAUAGAGUCGACGAUUGGCGACUGUGAUGCUUCUGGCCAG